CUCAUUUCUCACUCUAACGACAACCAUCAGAUAUUUUCUCCGAGUCCACUGUCUCUGCUGACGACCAAAGUCAAAUACCACCUCACAGGAGAUGUCAACCGCACCUCUACAAGUGACCGAUCCCACUGAAAAAUAUCACCAUUGAGCCUGUUUCACUCCCUCCUUUUUUGCAUUGCCCAUUGUCUGGACCAGGACCAUAUAUCGAUCCCCAGAGGAACACGGCCAUUGCUAGUCUCAGUAGCUAGGAGCGAGCCGUUGGUCUCCUCCUGCAGAAGACUGGGCCUUGCCAUUCUGGCCACAUAAUGCCACUCGAAUCCUUCUGAUGCGCGGCCACUUGAAGCAAAAAUUCGGAUUCAACACCUUUUGGAAUCCCGCAGACUGAACCCUUGCCUCCGCUGCCACCUUGCUCGACCCAAUAUCGCCGCAGGAGGUUGGUUAUGAAGGCAAAAGCGUCAGGCGGCGUGUAACUGAACAGUCAGCAACCUGUCUAACCCGCCCUGACAACUGGCUGCGUCUGGGUUUUCCAAAUGUUCUUCUUGCCUGGGUUUGGUGGCCGGAUGUGGUGAAUUGUCUGAUCGUGGUAUCGGUCCGAUUCAAGCCUCCCCAGCCUUUUCGUGUCCUUUGCGUUGCAUUUUCCUAGACUGCGUGGCCCCAAUCUGGACGGAGAUACACCACGGAGCAAGAAUCUCAUCUUUUUACUUCUAACAAAAUGGAUGACCUAAAACGCACAAAUUCCAACGACACCCGCUCAACAUCACCGGGUGCUUAUCGUUCUCCUUAUCCUACAACAACUGGCGCUGGCAAACUCUCCCUGCCGUACACAACCGAUCCACCGUCUCCAGCAAAUCCGCCGCAACAGAAAGUAUGGCUCGUCUUCGGCGCAACAGGACAUAUGGGCCGCUCGGUGACGAAAGCCGCCCUGGGUCAUAACGACAUUGUCGCUGCCGUGGGCCAGUCCUUCCAAGACGACCUAGAGAGCGUGAAGAAAUGGCAUAACAUCCCGGAUCGAUAUCUGGGGCUGUUAUGUGACGUACGUAUACGCUCGAGCGUGUCCUCGGUCAUCGAACAGACGAUGAAAAAGUUCGGCCGAGUGGACAUCAUCGCCAACUGUUCGGGAUACGGCGUGAUUGGAGCCUGUGAAGAUCAAGACGAACAUGAGAUUCGAAACCAGUUCGAGACGAAUUUCAUGGGCACGUUGAACAUCAUUCAACUUUCUCUACCAUAUUUUCGGAGACGACAGGACGGGAGGUAUCUGAUCUUCAGCUCUACGAGUGGCGCGCUUGGAGUUCCUGGCCUCGGUCCAUAUUGCGCAACAAAGUAUGCCGUAGAAGGCCUAAUUGAAAGCAUGCUCUACGAGGUUGAUCCGUUCAACAUCAAACUCACCCUCGUUGAGCCGGCACACAUGCGCCGGGACGACAACGACAUUUUUCCUCCUCCACAGCCCAGUCAACCUAGUACGACGACGACGAUGACGACGACGACGAACGGACGAAUCCCACAGCAACAGCAGCCGCAACAACAACAACAACAACAACAACAAAUCCAAAAGCAGAACGCACUGGCCCUCUUCGGCCAUUUCAAAGUGGCGCGGCCGUCCUCGCCGUACGCCACGAAAGACGCCCCUGCCGCCCACGCCCAGCGGUCCCUGCAGUGGAUGGGUGCCAACCAACCCACCUCGGUGGUCAAAGCCGCCGAACUGGUCUGGCAGCUCGGCCACUGCCGGUACCCGCCGCUGAGACUCUUGCUAGGGACUUUUGCCGUGGAGAGCAUUCGCGACCGGCUGAAGAGCAUCAUCGAAGAGAUCGAGGACUGGAAGCACCUGAGUUUCCCGCCGCUGGAGGGGUUCGAGGAGAAGGAAGACGGCGAUGACAAGGAGGAAGGCGAAGGGGAAGGGGAUGGAGAUGGAGAAGGGGACGACGGAGAUGGCGACGGUGACGGUGACGGUGACGAACACGACGAACUUGAUGAACGUGGAGGAGGAAAUGAAGAACAGACCGAAGGAAAGGGCGAGGACUAUCCUGAAGGGGGCCGAAGGCCUCUCAAUCCGGCGGACCGGGAUAAAGAGAUCCACGACAGGGAAGAACGAGGGGAAGGGAGACGCGUACACAUCAAGCUGGAGAGUAAAAUGGAUGUGGACGAUUGAAAAGAGACAACAUCAGAUGGAGAUCAAGAAGCGGAUGGUCUUGGGUUUCAAAAUGGGUUUCUCCAUUCGACACUACCUGACAGCUCCAGGCCAGCGCAGAGCCUUCCGCCAUCCAGGCACGAACUAUAUCAUGUUGGCCACUUUGCUAUCCACCCUCUCAGCUAUGCUGUCGAGCCGCCCUGUGUCUCAAUCAGCGCCUAGCAGAGACAGCUCACAAGCCAUGCAGGAUACGGGUACUACCACACCCCAAGGUUGAAGGGGCCGACACAUACAACCAGGAGUGGAUCGAUCAUUGAAUGGAUAGAUACGGGCCCUUGCUUCGUCUCGUCUUGUCGCCGCCUUUCACUCCUCUGACGUGCCUUGCGGUGUUUCGCAAUCAAUGGACGACCAGCCACCAAGCCUGCUCAGCUCCACCGCAGAAUUUCCAACAGUCGUUCCGAGUGUGCGUUUAGCCCGUUGGCUAAAAACAUGCACCCGAUGUCCGCCACUCGUUUGCGAAGUUUUGAUGUCGUGAGAUGCAAUAUUCGUACAUUUGCAGCAUGGGCAUGCUCGGGGCGCCUCCGAGGAAACAGCCCACAAAAUCUAAUCUCAAGCUCUGUUGAGUGAGGUCGGAAGCCGGAGGUCUCGAGUCACAAGUCGUUUUCGACGGACUUGGCCUUGGAUUCGGAUAUCGAUAUGAUACAUUGUCUUUGAACAGAAAACUCCUCAUUCUCAGCACGCGAUCGAGGGAUCAAAGUGUGAUCCGCAUAUGAUCAUUCGCGCCAAAAGCCUUCCCACAAUUCGGGCACUUCCUCGCCCUCAACGUCAGCCGUUCAGCAACACAAUCAUUGCAGAACGUGUGUCCGCACGUCUUGAUCACGGUGUUUUUCAGGUUCCGUUUGCAGAUAUUGCAAUAUGCAAACUGUCUCAAUAUCUCGUACUGUUCGGACUGUCCUGAUUUGGAUUUCCACGUCUCCAGAUUUCUGCGCGUGUCUUUGAGCGAAGACUUAAGAUCUUCCACUUCAACUUCAGCCGCACGGCAAGCGCUAGUUGCGGCGGCGAGUUUGACGUCUUUGGCAGUGGCCUGGGUUUUCAGCUCAGAUAUUUGGGUGUUGAGUCUGGAGAUUUCGAGUCCUUGAGUGAUGUUUUGUUGUUGAGCGGUUCGAUGUUCGUUGGUCUUAUGCGCUAAGGCGUCCUUCAGCUCGGACAGCUGUUUAUCUGCCGUGGCCAGCAACGCUCGCGUGGCCGCUUCGGCGUCUUUCAACGCCCCGAUUGCCUCUGCCGAUUUUGCGUUCUGCAGCCGCAGUGUUCUGAUUUCGCCAGCCUGAGUUUCCUUGCUUUUCAUCGCGGCAAAGAAUUUCUGGUCGGCUUUGGUCUUAUCCAUCGACAGUUUCAGCACCUUCUCCUCCAUUGCAGCAAACUCGGAAACUUUUUGACUCGCAAUCUUUGACGUCUUUUGGAACGCUGUCGACAUGGACGCGAGUUCACCAUUGAGGAGAUUGUACUUCCUGUCAAGUUCAUGGUAUCUGGCCCGCAGAUCUUCCAGAUUCAAAGCAUCCAGCUCUGCGUUAUCCACAGCCAUCUCGCCUGGUUGAGCUGUGAGCCGCUCGUUUUCGGAUUCAAGCGCGCGAAUACGAUCUUCUUGCGCCGAAGCCAGUUCCGUUAUCUUCUUCACAGCCUCUUGAUUCUGAUCCAGAGAAGCUUGCUUGACAGCCUGAUCGGCUAGUAAUUCGUCUCUGCUGUGUCGGAUCCUUGCCAGAUUGGCCUCUGAUGCCGCCAAAAGAGACUCCUUCUCUACUAUUGCCACUCGUUGCUCAUUUUCCAGCUGAAGUUGAUAUGUCGUCCUUUCCGACCGCAAUUUCGAGGCUUCUUCCUUGAGAUCGGUAUUGGUGGCUUCAAGAUUGUUAACUUUCUUGACGGUAUCCUCGAGUUGCGA